CGCGUAGUGGCCGCCGCUGAUUACCGGGACGCUGCCGGAGUCGCGGGGAAUGAGCGAGAGAAUCUGCCGGCGCCCCUUCCACCCGCUCUGAGAAUCAGCCGACCACGUUAGCCCAUUUUGGCAAUCUAUUCAAAAUGCCAGCUGCAGAAGAAGACCACAGUCAGAUAAUCCGUGAGGUAUGGGCAAAUAACCUGGAAGAAGAGAUGAGACGUAUUCGUCUAAUUAUUCAGAAAUACAACUAUAUAGCUAUGGACACAGAGUUUCCUGGUGUUGUGGUAAGACCCAUUGGAGAAUUUCGUAGCACUGUAGAUUACCAGUAUCAACUCCUACGAUGUAACGUGGACUUGCUUAAAAUCAUCCAGCUAGGCUUGACAUUCAUGAAUGAGAAAAACCAAUAUCCUCCUGGGACCUCCACCUGGCAGUUCAACUUUAAAUUCAACCUCACGGAGGAUAUGUACUCUCAAGACUCGAUAGAUUUGCUGAGAACUUCUGGGCUCCAAUUCAAAAAACAUGAAGAAGAAGGCAUUGAAACCUCUUACUUUGCAGAGCUGCUUAUGACAUCUGGGGUUGUGCUUUGCGAUAAUGUUAAGUGGCUUUCGUUUCACAGUGGUUAUGACUUUGGCUACUUGAUUAAACUUCUAACCCACUCCCGACUACCUGAAGAGGAGCAAGAAUUCUUUGACAUCCUCCAUUUGUUCUUUCCAGCAAUCUAUGAUGUGAAGUAUCUGAUGAAGAGCUGCAAAAACCUGAAGGGUGGUCUCCAAGAAGUUGCUGAACAGCUUGAGCUGGAGCGAAUUGGACGACAGCACCAGGCAGGCUCAGACUCCCUUCUGACGGGCAUGGCUUUCUUCAGAAUGAGGGAGUUAUUUUUUGAAGACAACAUUGAUGAUACAAAGUACUGUGGACAUUUAUAUGGUCUUGGAUCAGGUUUAACUAACAACCAUAAUGGGACAGCUGGCACAUCUGAAGAAGAAACCAACAGCAAACAGCACUGACCUCGGCUGGGAUAUUUUAUCAACUCUUGACAUUUUUAACAGACAUUUUACUACAGAAUGAGUAUUCUCUUUGCACAAAUUUUUGACAUAUUUGGCAGAAUAAGCAAACAUGGCUGCACAUACAAUAUGUAUAUAUUGUGUGCCAUUUAACAUUUGUAAAUGCUGUCCUGCUGUCUUUUAUUUAGACCCAUUGAAAGCAUAGGAAGGAAGCCAGGCUCAAGGAUAAUCUGCCAAGAUUUAGUGAUGCUCUUUCAAAUUGAAUGCAACAGUGCUUAUUUUCUCAUUCUUCUCUUGCCAACCCAAUUUUCUUUGUGACUGCGUUCAUCUUUGUAGUGUGCGAGUCUUUUGCAUACUCUUACCAUGGGCUUUGGCAUACACGGGUAACUGAGAAUUAUUUGCAUAUCUGUGCCUAAACACAUUCAUUUUCUGAGUGGUAUGGGUGUAAAAUGGUUUCAACGCUAGAGUUUUUAAAAAAUCUGGUUAUUGUUUAUCUUGCAAUACAGUGUUCACAAAAUAUUUCAAUGGCAUCUAGGGUGAAAUUAUCCUUGUAUUUAAAAGGAAAUUCCACAUCAGUAGCAAUGUAGAAAUCUUAAAUUGUAAUUGUUCUAUUCAAUUGGCUUAAACAGUCAAACGCAGGUAAAUCAGUUGAGAAUUGAACUUGUUUUAUGGUGGUGCUGUGCUGUUAUUAAUCUUCAGAAUGAAUUAGUUCAUUGAAAGUGAGUUGUUGAUAUUUAUACUUUUAUCCGAUGUGUUUAUAGUUCCAAAUCCUUCUCAAAGGGGAAAAAACAUCAAUACAUUUUAAACAAAUUUAGAUCUUCAUUUCAUCAUCAAAUACAAGUAACAUUCCAAAUAGUAUAUUCGUACAGCAUUUGAGCCCUAAAUCUGAACGGAUAGGGUGACCCCAAUCAUUCAUUGUGACUUCAAUGGGAUGGCAAAACUUAUAAUAUUUUUGUUGUAUUAGAGUUAAUUAUUCCAUCAAUAAUACCACAAGAGCUUUAAAUUGAUCCAUUCAUACAUUAAAUAUCACAGCUUGUCAUGAGUACAACCUUCAUGCUGUUUAUUUUUCACUUUGGCAGUAAAACUACUUGUACAUUUUCAUGUUUAGAGAGAGAUCUCUGUUGAUGAAGUAUUUUUAAUUAUACAUACGUAAUUUUAGCUCAAAAAAAUGAAUCUUGAUAUAAAAUAUUAUUGUAGGACUCAGUGAUUGGUAUCUCAUGAGAUUGGAAUCGAUUGGUUUUGUGCACUUCCUUCCACAGAAAUCUUUUUUUUUUAAAGAAUUAACUGAUGUGUAAUUAUUUUAAGUCUUUGAGGCAAGCUAUCCACCUUUAAAAUUCCUGAACCAAUGUAUUUUAAACAAGUUUGUAAAUUAAAGUUUUGUUCUGACAAGAACUUGAUGUGUAAA